UACAAGCUCACGCAUUAGUUUACACUCACACAAUCGCAGCAGCUACACUCAAUGGUGUAUCACCUCAUCGCUGACAGUACGAAAUCAAGUUCUUUUCGUCGGUGGCAUUCAAAGUAGAAACACGUUCUAUAGCAUCGCUGCUACUGAUACAAUCAUUUCCUAUUGAAAAACACGAGUUUCCAAGCGCGUUUUUAUUAUUCAAAAUCACAGUUGGAUUUGAUUUUUUGUGGUUUCAUUUCUCAUAAAUUUUCCAAUAAAAUAUAAAUCAUAAAUUGAUUUAGAAGCAACACUCGGUUGAAAUCCGCAAUUCGAUACAAGAAAAUGGUGAAUAAAAAUAGGCGGUCGAUAGAAAUUGACACAAACGAAAUUCAUAGCUCAAAUACUCCGUCUGGUUCGAAUGACUUAGAAAUGUCUUCAAUCCGAAGCAAUAUUCAUUCCGGCGAUUCUUUCCAAAUCAAGCAAGAAAACGACAUCAAACAAGAGUCAGUGUCCGUCGGAGAAUUGGUUGAGGUUUCGAUAUCGAUUCGCAGUGGAAUACAUGUUCCUGGUUUCAACGAGCGCGAUGAUGUAUACGAUUUCGAACACUUGAACUUCGACGAUGUUAAAGCCGAUGUGAAGAAAGAAUGUGACAACAAGAAAGAAGAAGAAGCUGAAUGCGGCCAAUUUGAUGAGGAGCCACCACCCCAAGAUGAAGACGAUUCGCUGCAGCCAGAAAAUGACAACAAUGCCCAGGCUCACAACACAAAGAAACGAGGUGACAACACCCAUGAAAAUCCACGGGAGCGACAUAAAUGUGACUUUUGUGAAUAUUCCGCUUCUCGCAAGAGCUCAUUGGAUCGGCAUUUGCUUAAACACACUGGCGAAAAGCCACAUGGAUGCGAUUUCUGCCUGAAACGUUUCACAACCAAACAUAAUCUUCGUGUCCACAUGAAAGUUCACGUCGAAGAGUUUCUGUUCCACUGCCAGGGCUGUUUGCAAGGAUUCAACGAGAAAGACGAGAAGACAGUGCACGAAAUCAAUUGCAAGGCUCGUCAUUACGAAUGUCACCUGUGCAAGAAAUCGAUUGGAUCAAACAGAACAAAAAUGUUACAACACAUGCGUGUGCACAGUGGCGUUAAACCUUUCAAAUGCACACAAUGUCCAAAGCAAUUCGCACAAAAGUGCAAUCUCAACAGUCACAUGAAACUUCAUGUUGGUCCAUGCUCGUUCCGUUGCUUAAACUGUCACAUGCGAUUCCCACACCAAGACGAAAGAAAUGCACACGAGGAAAAGUGUAAUCGUCGUGUCUUCGAAUGCUACGUUUGUGGCAAGUCAUUUGGUUUGAGCAAAACCGAUUUGAUUCGUCAUAUGCGCACCCACUCCGGUGAAACCCCGUUCGAAUGUCAACUUUGUUCGAAGCAAUUCAAACAAAAAUCCCAUCUCAAUCAGCACAUGGCAUCUCAUACGAAGAAGCUUCCGUUCAAGUGUUCAAUUUGUCGCCGAGGCUUUUCGAUGGAAAUCAAAAGAAAGGCACAUCAACGUAACUGCAAUCGACGGUGCUACGAGUGUCAUUUGUGCAACAAGUUCUUCCACUCCUACAACACUUACUUGAAAGCUCACAUGCAUAUUCAUUCAGGCGAGAAGCUAUUCAGUUGUAAGCUGUGUCGCAAUACAUUUACACUUAAAUCAAGUUUGAAAACUCACAUGAAAAACAUCCACCACACCAAAUACUAAACAACGCGCUUUGGUUGCAUCAAUCAUUUCAUCAAACCUUCAGUUAAAGUAAACUUGCCAUCAGAUCAAGUGCAUUGCCCAGAAAACACAAACAGAACCAUAAGAAAAUCCAAUUAUUUCAAUCAUUCAAUGUCCAAACUACAUUCAAAAACUCAUACUUGAUGGAUCAAUUCGAAUCAUAUUUAGUUUUCAUCAUAAAUCGUUGGAAUUCAGAAGAAAAUCUGGUAAAAUCUCUUCCGAAGGAACAAUUCGGUUGGAUUCAUAGCAAACGAAUGGAUUAUUUUGACUUUAAUAAAGAAUUUGCAAAACUAAUA